GAGAGAGAGAGAGAGAGAGAGAGAGAGAGAGAGAGAGAGAGAGAGAGAGAGAGAGAUGGAACGCGGAGCUUUUCAUGGCUAUCAAAGACUACAUAAAUCCAGCUCUGGGACAAAGAUCUCGGACCCUGACACUCCUCCAAAGCAGCGUGCAACAUUUGAUGACAACCCGGACCGCGAUAGCGUCUGCACUGUCCGUGAGCAGGACCGCUUCAUGCCCAUCGCGAAUGUGAUACGCAUCAUGCGCAAGGUCCUCCCAACACAUGCCAAGAUCUCCGAUGAUGCCAAGGAGACAGUGCAGGAGUGCGUCUCCGAGUACAUCAGCUUCAUCACCAGCGAGGCCAACGAGAGGUGCCAGCGUGAGCAGCGCAAGACGAUCACUGCAGAGGACGUGCUGUGGGCCAUGAGCAAGCUCGGGUUCGAUGACUACAUUGAGCCCCUAUGCGCGUAUCUUCAUCGAUACCGCGAGAUAGAGGGUGACCACCGAGGCUCAGUAAGGGGUGAUCCACUGCUGCCCAGGCGGGCCAUGGACAUGGGACCACUGGCGGCGGCGGCGUAUGGGCCGGCAUUUCACAUGGGACAUCAUCAGGGGCUGUUUGGAAUGGGAAUGGGUGGUUAUUUCAGGGAUGGAACAGGUACAAGCUCCUCACAAGCAGCAAUGGCUGGGUAUGAUCCAUACGCUGCUUACAAGUAAUACAAAUGUUGUAGUAGAAGCUAUAGUAUGUAUAUAGUAUGAGGUUUGCUAGUCGUGCAUGCAUGUAUAAUACAGCCCAAGUGCAAGAUCCAAGUUGCUUAUCCGGUGGGUCCCACCAUAUAGAGACGCCAUGGCCAGAAAUCAGGUAGGUUCACUCCUGAUAAUGGUCAAAGUUGGUAGCUCAAAUGGAUGGUUUUAUAAAGAGUUUCUUAACCGUUCUUUUUUUUUUUUUUCCUCAUGUUGUGGACACACUUCCUGAGUGGGCCAGCCUGAUUCCUGUUCCAGGGCAUCAGACAGUCAUGUGAUGGAUGGCUUUGAUCUUGCAUACAUGUGCCACAUGAGCACAUGUGGUGGCAUUUUGAUGGGCUGCGCUAUAUACUCAACAACGAUUAUCAAACCUGGUUAUAGUAUAUCUAUACUAUGGUGAAAACAUGGUUAUGUGAGUAGAAAAGAGAGGUUGAAUGUGGUGUUUGCGUGCAACGUGGAUGUAUUUUGUAUGCUUUCUGAUAGUGUAAAACGUGGGUCUAUGUUGCAGCGAGGGUGGUGAAGGGGACUCCUUUUUCUCCCCCUUUUUUUUUUUGGUUGUAAACUUUCUAGUUAUGAAAUGGGAAGAAGGUUUUUAUAU